GCCUCAAAGGCACCCCUUGAAUACGAGUUCCUAUUCAAGAGACAAAAACAAGUAAAAAUGGGGUCUACUCAAAAGAAUAAAAAGUUGGGUCUUCUUGGAAUCGCUUCCAUCCUCCUCCUAGCUUUCGUGGUGGCAGCCACCGCCACCGCCACCGAGUCAUGUGCUGAAGGUGAUGACAAAGAGACCUGUGGCGCUACUGAGAUUCACGCUACUAAUAAGCUGAGCACACACGAGGUUAUGAAGUCGGCGUUUUCGCUGCAAGGUUUGGCAGACGUGAUUUCCAAGUCGGAUCAUAUAAAGCAUGCGGUGAAAUCCAUUUGCCAGUCAACCGAUUUCAAGGAGCUGUGCGAGAAGAGCGUUGCAAAAGCUAAUAACUCCAACGACCCCAAGGAGCUUAUCAAGGCGGCGUUCUCGGUGGCGUGGGAGAGCAUUGCCGGCGUCAUUUCCAAGUCGGAGCUUAUCAAGAGGGCAGAAAAGGACCCCAUGACCUCCGCUGCACUGGACGUAUGCAAGGAGGUGCUAGACCACUCAAUUGUAGAUUUCAAGAGGUCUAUUUACGUACUUGACAAAUCUACUCACCUCAACAACCGACACGGUAGCGAUCUCAGGGUUUGGCUAACCGCCGCCAUGACUUUCCAAGAUACUUGCUUGGAUGCCUUCGAGAACACCACCGGCGACACCGGCGAGAAAAUGAAGCACCUCCUUAAAACCUCCAUGGAGCUCACCAGCAACGCCCUGGCUAUUGUCUCUAAGCUCGACGAUUUCAUCAAGUCCUUGGAAAUCCCUGGCCUCAGUCGUAGGUUGUUAGAAGAGCCGGCGCCCCUCAAAGAUGACCAUGGAAACCCAGUAGACUCCACUGAUGAAAUACUUUCUCCAUUCGCAGACCCUGCCACUCGCCACCUCCUGGCUGCUCCCCCCAAAGCCGACAUUGUGGUUGCCCAGGACGGAAGUGGCAAGUAUAAGUCCAUCAACGCCGCUCUUAACUCCAUCCCUGCCAUAAACAACCGCCGAAUCGUCAUCUUAAUCAAGGCCGGCGUGUACAAAGAAUACGUGAUGAUUCCUAGUAAGAAGAACAACAUUGCUUUCGUGGGAGAGGGCCCGACCAAAACCGUGAUCACCGGAAACAGGAAUGUGGAAGACAAGUGGCCCGGCGGCACUUAUAGGUGCGGCACGGUGAUUGUUGAAGGGGAGGGUUUCAUUUGCCGAGAUCUUACAAUCGAGAAUUCGGCCGGGGCGGUGAAGCACCAAGCCGUGGCUCUUAGGAUCUCAGCCGACAUGGCGGCGGUCUAUAAUUGUCACCUUAAUGCUUACCAAGACACCCUCUACACCCACUCUUACCGCCAGUUUUACCGCGACUGCACCAUCAGCGGCACCGUCGACUUCAUCUUCGGGAAUGCCCCUGUCGUGUUCCAGAACUGCAAGAUGAUCGUGAGGAAGCCAAUGGCCAACCAGGAGUGCAUGGUGACCGCUCAAGGUAGAAAGGACAGGCGAGGAGCAGCCGCCAUUGUCCUCCAAUCCUGCGAGAUCCUCGCUGAACCCGCCCUGAAGGCCGCCAACCCACCCAUCAAAGUGUUCCUCGGGAGGCCAUGGAAGGAGUUCUCCAGGACACUCAUCAUGUUCACUUUCAUUGACGACAUCGUCGUCCCAGAAGGUUGGUCUAUAUGGCAAGGGACCAUGUACCUGGACACUUGCUGGUACGCAGAGUAUCAAAACCGCGGCCCAGGAGCUUCAACCGAUAAAAGGGUGAAAUGGAAGGGUUACAAGAGGAACAUUUCUCCAGAGGUUGCUAAGCAGUUUACUCCUGGACCGUUCCUGAUGGCUGAUGAACAAUGGCUCGGGCGUGCCCAGAUCCCCUUUUCUCCUGGAUUUCUACAGCCGUAGAAUAAGCAAGCUAAGCUAUCAUCACACCCGACCAAGGAUUUCAUCCUAAACCUACUUUUACUAUAACGUACUAUAUAUCGACUAGAUAGAUACAAAUUUUGAGUAAUAUCCUCUUCAACCAUAGGAUAGUUGGAGGAUUACAUUACUUUUGAAUCAUAAUAAAAAUUUUGGUUUCAAUUUACUUUUGCCUAAA